UUCCGGAGAAGCCGAGGGCGUCAUAGAGGGGCCUUGGAGAUCCGAGAACGGGAGCCAUUCCCGCGGCAUUCCGCCGAGGGAGGAAGGAGGAGGAGGAGAGCGAGGCAGGCUGGACGGAGGCCACCAUGAAGGCGCAGAGCGGGAGGGAUGUCCGGGAUCAAAUCCAGGAGCUGCGGGCCAUCAUCCACUUGCAGGAACAAGGCAAGAGCCUGUUUAAUCAGUCGUCCCAGCAGCGACUGAGCCAGAACAGGGACAUCAUCGGCUUCCUGCAGAGCAGCGUCCGGCAACGGGCCAACGACUGGGAAGUCGCCAGGAAGCACGACGAGAAGACCAUCUCCUGGGCCUUCCGGGAGCAACGCAUCCUGAAGCUAGCCACGUGCGGGACGUCCGUGGAGGCGGUGCUGGAGAAGCUGCGGAAGUACAUCUUCGACCGGGUGAGGGUACACAACGCCCUGGUUCACCUGCUGCGACGGCGGGCCGCGGUCCUGGAGGGCCUGCGGCGGGAACUGCGCACGCUGCGACGCUUGGAGAGCAGCAGCCAGGCCGCCCUGCUACAGCACCGAAAGAUUCGCCAGCUGGAAAACAACAUCGAGAAGAUGACGAUCAAGAACACCACUGGCCGGAACAUCCACCUGCUGUAUAAACACUUUCUGGGCUUCCUGAAGCAGGAGCUGGCCGCCUACCCUUCCCAGCUGGACGGCAUGGAGAACAUGGUGUUCGCCUACGAGGGCGCGCUUCAAGACAUGACCCAGAUGGCCCAGGAAGCCAUCGAGGUCACAGAGGCGGCCAAGGUGAACAUGACCGAAAUGGAGACGGCGUUCAUCGCGGAGCGCCGGGCUCGGGAGAGCCAGCUGAGCACCCAGAAGAAGCAGAUCGACAGGAUCCGGCUGAGAGAUGCCGGCGACAGGCACCGACGGUCCAGGAGAGACACCGACUUCUCGUUGGCGGGCGAGGAACCCGCGAAAGGGAAGAAGCUGGAACCUUCCAAAUCCCAACUGGAGUACGAGGCCCAAGUCACCUCUGAGGUGGAGAAAGUCAAGAACGCGGUGCAGUGCUCGAACCUCUGGGAUAUCACUGGGAGGUUCCUGGCCCAGAGGACGUCCGAGGAGAACCUGGUGCAGCAGACGGCCGAGUGCAGGCAGAAGCGGAAGGAGCUGAAGGCUUUCCUGCGCCAACUGGAUCUGGAGCGGGCCGAACUCAAGUUCCACCAGACGCCCGGCUCCAUCAGUUCCCGACAGAUGGAAGAGCGGAUGAGGCAGAGCUUGGAGGCGGAAGAAGCCAGGCUGGAGAGGGUCAACUACAGCGUGGCCAAGAACCAGGAGCUGCUGCUCACCAUCCAGAACGGCAUCGACAACCUCUUCGUUCGCCUGUGGGGCAUCUCGGUGCCCGGAGAGGAGGACGUCUCCGCUGACUUCACGGACGCCUUCGACAAGCUGGAAUUCUGUCAGAGGAAGCUCGUCCAUCUGGUCGGCGUGUCCAAAGACGUCUCGAUGGAGGAGAACGAUAAGGUCAAACGCCUCCUGGAGAAGUCGACCCAAGAGGAGAAGCUGAACCUGAAGAUUUCUUUUGAGGAUCAGGACGCCGAUGCAACAGAGACCUUCGAAUUUGCCGACGUGGACAACAGCUACGUCCCGUCCCGGGAGGAAAUCAAAAAGCAGAGCGAGAACCUGAUUGAGGCCAAGCUCAAGGCCAUCAAGAAGAAGCAGAAGAAAUGAUGGCCGCCGGGUCUGCCCGGGAGGCUCCCAAGACCCGGGAUUCGGGGGCUUGUUCCACCCCCAGCCCUUUCAUCCCGUGAAUACAAUUAGAUUUUGGAAUAUUCUUUUUUC